AUGUUGCAAGAGUCCGACAGAUGUUUCCAUGGAAUUGUUCCAACCUUGCCAGCAUACCCUCUUGGCAUAAUUUCCUUGAAUGUGGUCUUCGGGAAACCUGACAAUUUCAGGAAAGAAAGGAUCGAAUUCGAGGUAGUGAACUGGGAAUUGCAGUACCAUGCCAUCCUCGGGAGGGCAGCUUACGCCAAGUUCAUGGCUGUGCCACAUUAUGCGUACUUAAAGCUAAAGAUGCCAGGCAACAAUGGGACCAAUAUUAUGGUCCAAGGAAGUUUCUCCUGUUCAGAUAAUUGUGAUCGAGAGUUCCAGAAGAUUGCUGCUAAGUUUGGGAUAAAGCAAGAAGUUAAAACUGUCGAUUUACCUUCAUAG